UGUUUACCUGUCGAAGAGGAGGUGGUCGUCUGCAGGUCGCCCCGCUCAUUCUCGUCCCCAUGGCCAGGCACACCAAUCAAAUAAUACAUCAAUGACAUCAGUCAAGGUGUGCCCCUCCUCCCCCUCUCCUUCCUCUGGUGGUUACCCUGACGGGGCCCCCUCAAGCCCCGACUCCCCGUCCCCCACAGAGGUGACCAUGAAGGUGGAGGAGGUGGCAGCUGAGGAGCGCUUCCUGCAGGAGUGCCUGGCCAUGGAUGAGCUGGACCAGGAGGACACCCUGCCCUCAACCCUCAAGAAGGAUUCAGAGGAGAGUGAGGACAAGGACAGUAAUGAUGAAAAUCUGGGACGUGAGGCUAACCGAGGCCAGCGUGCCAAGAGACCUCGCAAGAAAUACCAGAAGAUUCAACGCUUGACUCGAAUCUAUACCUGUGUGGACUGUCCUGAGACGUUCUCCCGCCUCAGCCAGCUGCGUGCCCACUCUAGGGUGCAUGCCCAGGACCAGGAUGAGAGGUAUGAGUGUGACCUGUGUGAGGAGGUGUUUGACCGCCUCAAGCGCCUCAUGUCCCACCGCAAGAAGCACCACCGGGCCAGCCUCUCCUGCAAGAUGUGCUCCAGCAAAUUCACACACUAUGCUUCCUAUAGGGUUCACAUGCGGGUGCACAAAGGAGAGAAGCCCUAUGUGUGCCAGGAGUGUGGGGCGGCCUUUGUGCAGAGUGGCCACCUCAACAUCCACAAGCGCACUCACACAGGAGAGAAACCCUACACGUGUGACAUCUGCAAUAGUCACUUCAAGCAGAUCUCCCACCUCAAGACUCAUGUGCGUACCCACACACGGGUAAAGCCCUACCAGUGUGACCAGUGUGAGGCAUCCUUCACCCAAAACAGCAGCCUGAAGAGGCACCGGCGCUCCCACACAGGGGAGAAGCCAUACAAGUGUGCCUUCUGUGACAUGACCUUUGUGGUGAAGAGCAACAUGCAGCGCCACCUGUACACCCACACAGGGGAGAAGCCCUACCAGUGUGACCUGUGUCCGGCCUCCUUUGGCCAGGCCAUUGACCUCAAACGACACAAGAUCAGCCACACGGGCAUUAAACCCUUCCGUUGUGACCGCUGUGAUGCAGCCUUCAGCCGCAAAAAUAACCUCAAGUGGCAUCAAAUGACACACUCGGGUCACACACCCUUCAGGUGUGAUGUGUGCCAGGUGGGCUUUUCCUCUCCUGGUGACCUUAAGGUACACAAGCGGGCCCAUGCUCCUCCCAAACCCUUCCGCUGUGACUCCUGCCCAGCCUCCUUUCAGCAGGUGGGCUCACUGGCACGCCACAAAAUGAUACACACGGGAGAGCGGCCGCUGCGUCGACGACCAGAGCACCGCCCAGGCUCCUUCAAAGAGACAGGGGUGAAGCCAUACUCCUGUGAGGUGUGUGGUGCUGCAUUUUGUGAGAAGAGAAACUUAAAGCGACACAUCAUAUCUCUCCAUGAGGAUGUGCGGCUGGCAGGAAGCAGCCGGUCAAAGGAUGUUGGUGAAGGGGAAGUGGAGGGGCUGGUCAAGUUGCAGCAGGCACCUCUCCCAGCUAAGAGGAGGGAACCAGAGCAGGUGAGCUACACACUGGCCCCUCAGACACCACUGGUGCUGGCACAGCCCCAGGAGGUAGUGCAGCAGGUGGUGCAGCAAGAGGAGCCUCCCCAAGAAGUUCCCCAGCAGUCUCUGACGCUACAACAGGUAGUGCUGCAGCAGUCCCUCACCAGUGAGGAAGUCCUGGCUGGGACCUCCCCAGCUCCCCAGACUAUAACCACACAAAUGCCCCAGCUAGUCUUGGCCCAAGGCCCAGGCCAGCCUCCUCGUCCUGCCCGGCCGGCCACCACGUGUCAAAACCAUCAUGCCCAUGUCCUCACUUUCAUGGAGGGCAGCUGCAACCAGUGGCAGACAUGGUGCUUCUGUGACCCCCCCACCCCAGGUGAUGCUACCCCAGCUCCUGCCCCAACCCUAAGUACCAUCCCUGCAGCAGCUGGCACCAUAAUAGCUACAGCACCAGCUCCUGCCCCCUCUCCACCAGCACCAACUGUGGCACUGACCACUGCACCCUGUGCCACUCUGGAGCAUCUGGAGGGCCAGAUAAUUCCUGCACAAAUUCAGUGACAGAUUAACAAGAUUUCUACAUCAUUAGCAGGAGAAGCACUCAAGAACCCAGCAAAUCAUCACUAUAGCAUUGGGAAAUAGUUGUGGUAAGAGAACAAAACAUUUCUGAAUACAGACCUAUGUACCCCUGUGGUAUGUUUGAGUGUUGUCAGCUUAAGCCUUAGUGUUUGGAUAGGCAGAAUAUGGCACCAUGGGACAGGACAGGCAUGAAAUACAAAUACAACUCCCCACUAUGCAUUGCUCACCAUUGCACACUUCAUGGGAAUGAUGAAGCAUAUGUGGGUUGGGUAUUGUGAUGACAGUUGUAAGUUUGCUGCUGCACAGUCUGCAUGUGGCAGAAUUGAGUUCAUUUCCACAGAAAUGAUGAACCCAGUACUUCUGGAAAACAUUCAGGGAUACAACUUCACACCUUCACCUAAGUUGUGGCUAAUGGUUGAGGUUAGAUAACAAGUGAAGGACUAAUCUUUGUUGUUCUUUAAUAACCAAACCUGACAGGUCAGUUUUGGUUUUAAUAUAUUAUGCAUGUGUUUAUAUACCUUUCAGAUGUGUACAAAUGAAAGAUGUGUGCAUGUGUGUGUGUAAUCUUAAGAUUGUUUAAAGAUCUUAUUACAAGUCACUCAUUAUCUAAGUAUUUAAAAAUUAACAUUAUUUGUUAGUUUUCUCUACUUUCCACUGUUACUCUAUUUUUUUUAUACCUUUACACACUUUUAUCUGAGUACAUUUAUGAAAAUUGCUUUGUCUUUUCUUUCAUUGUCAAUCACUCACCAGAUAGUGUGUCCCUGGGGCAGACAACCAGUACAGCAUUCCUCCUACCCAUUCACCAGGCUGGGAAGAGGUUAUGUGCUACACAGGAAUAUCACAAAGUUUCCAUCCAUCCAUCCAUAAGGUUUACAUUACAGCUGAAUAUUUACACAACAGCAUCUCAUUCAUUAACUUUCCAUAGAUUACAGCAGUGUCUGUGACUCACCUUUACUGAUCAUAGUAUUUAAAUUUUACUCACAAUUGCCUGUCAGUGGUGGAUGUCAUUCAUGUAUUGAUUUGAUAUGCUAUCUGCUGCUGCUGCUACCACUGCUGCCACCACCACAAGUACCAUCCUUGUUUUUACCAUGAUCAAACUCCAGUAUUCCUUACACCUCAGGUGAACAGGUCCUGAUCCCUAUUUCAGCUGUCUAACUGUGACAGCUGGUGGCUGCUUUAAGGCCAAACACCAGUUUUCUUUUAAGAAUGAACGUUACUGCCAAUUCGAAACCUAUCUUGUGCAAGCAAGAUUUAAAGUCAUCCGGCCAAAUGUUGUCUUGCUUUUUUUUCUUUUAUACACAAAAUUCUUAAACGUAUAGCAGCUAUAAUUGUAUUGUGUAAAUUAUGUCUCCUGGUAUGUUAUGGCCAUAAUCCAGAUUUAACUGCAAGGGGAGAAAAAGGAAGCCUAGGUCUUGAAAGCUGUACAGUGAGUAAAAUAAUGGCAGCUACUAAGCUACUAAGUGACUGGUGACCAUUUUGUAAAUCAGAAAUUCAUUGAACCUACCUCCAGGACAAUAUUGUGUACUUUAAUCUCCCCUCAGUAUUUCUGAAUUAUAAAAUUGAGAAAUUGUAGCAGUAGUAAUGAAUCAUAAGUCCACUGACCUAACCAAUGCAAGGAUAUAAAUUUUGUAUCUCUUUAAUAUACAUAGAUACUUUAAUAUACAUGAAUAUAUAGACCAGGUAUGGAAUAAUUCUUCAUCCUGCUUGAUGAUACUGUGCACCCUAGCCCUUAUUAGAAUGAGAUUAGACAUGUCUGUUGUGGUCCCUAGUCACAAUGCUUUGUACAUACCCAGUGAUAGAAAUAACAAGUAUUUUAUGUAUAUCAAAACUGUUCACUAUAUGGUUGUAUUUGCAUCAGUAUAACCAGGGAACUGUUGGGUAAAUGCCUAUGCACUGUGAUAUUUUCAGCAUAUACAGUAUGAUGCUUCCUGCUUAAAUAAUUGAAAGAUGUGUUGCGUAGGAAUGCUUAGUUUGUUUUUUAUGAGAAGAUCCUUGAGAUGAGCCUCGAGGGUCAUGCUGAGUGUGAGCUGUAGUGCUGGUGUCCCUGACCAAAGAUGAAACAUUAAUCAUGAGUGUAGUUACUGUGACUGUGUUUAGCACCUUGCCUUGGCAACGUGCUCCCUUUAGGUGGAGCCGUAAAGGUAAGUACGUAAUGACUGUCCUCCAAGUGAGCAAGCACUCUUGGUGGCUAAGAAAAAAUAAA